GCUCCAUGAUCAACUGAUGGACACACAGAAGCCCACUUGCUUUCUCUUUCACUGCUCUAUAUCCUGUCUUUUCUGGACAGGACUUCGGUUGUUUUGUGGACUUUCCCUGUGUUUUCCUCUUUGACUCAUCUCUGAGGUUAAAUAGAGUCUUAACCUUCGUCCCCCACACCUCACCCUCUUGGAUCUGUUCUCCUGUUGGGAUUUUUUUCUUCUUCUUCUUUUUUCUCCAGCCUGAUCGCCUGCUCUCCUGUGUGCAUAUCAACUCUCUCCUUUUCCCCUGCUCUCCUUCUCCUUUUCCUCCCAUCUUCCACCGUUCCCUGUCUUCUUGUGUGUGUUUUUUGGGCUAUGCUCUCCUCACCCACUGUGAUUCUCCAGCCUUAUGGACUCCCUGUCUACCCACAGACAACCACAUGCUACCCCAGCAUAGUUCAGGGAGGCCCCAAUCAGGAGGCCGGCCCCGGCAGCGGCGACCCCGCCCUGCCUCAGGUCUACGCCCCUCCUCCCUCCUACCCACCACCAGGUCAAGGUCCGCCAACAUCUGCGGGCAGACUGCCACCUCUUGACUUCACCACUGCACACCCCAGUUCAGAGUACCCCGAACAUCCCCAACUCAGAGUGUAUCAGGGCCCUCAGCUUGACGGGGCGGACACUCUGACGUCCAGCAACACGGAGGAUGUGUUGGCCCCUGUGACCUCUGACCCCCAGUCUUUGAGCGUGUCCGUGUCAUCGGGGGGUGGAGCAGGAAGUGGAAGUGACGAGGAGGGGUCAGGUAAGGCCCAACCGAAACGCCUCCAUGUCUCCAACAUCCCGUUUCGCUUCAGAGACCCAGACCUGCGCCAGAUGUUUGGGCAAUUUGGGAAGAUCCUUGAUGUGGAAAUUAUCUUCAAUGAGAGGGGGUCUAAGGGCUUUGGGUUUGUUACCUUUGAGAGUGCAGCUGAGGCUGACAGAGCAAGAGAAAAGCUAAAUGGGACGAUUGUGGAGGGGAGAAAGAUCGAGGUUAAUAAUGCUACCGCAAGAGUCGUUACCAAGAAGCCUCAGACGCCUCUUGUGAAUGGCGAAAUUUCAACUUCUGGAUGGAAGAUCAACCCCGUCAUGGGGGCGAUGUACGCACCUGAACUCUACACAGUUGCCAGCUUCCCGUAUCCCGUAGCAACUCCCACCUUGGCCUACCGGGGCUCUGCGCUGCGUGGUCGAGGCCGAGCCGUUUACAACACGAUUCGCUCUGCUGCAGCCACACCUGCUGCUGUCCCCACCUACCCCGGGGUGGUAUAUCAGGAUGGACUGUAUGGAGCAGAAGUCUAUAGUGGCUAUCCUGCAGCUUACAGAGUGGCUCAGUCAGCGUCUGCUGCCACAGCAACCUACAGUGACGGAUACGGACGGGUCUACGCCACAGCUGCGGAUCCCUACCACCACUCAGUCGGACCAACAACGACAUAUGGAGUUGGUACAAUGGCCAGUUUGUACAGAGGAGGAUAUAACCGCUUCACCCCGUACUGAGCUGCCCACCAGGAUGCCCGACGGGGGACGUCUCUUACGAACUCUGGGAUUGGCUGAUCCAUGGACGCUGCAGGACAGAUUGUGAGAUCCUUGGAAAUGUAAAAGUGGUUUUCCUUCCUGCCUACAUCACAAGCGCUCCUCGAGACAUUAAACAGACUGAAAUUGUAAAUAGUUUAGGACCCAUUUUCUGUCCAUCCUACCGAUGAAUACCUAGCACCUGGGAGAGGAUGUUGUGUAAUAUAGACAGUUGCUUAAAACUUUUAAAGGAGUAUUGUUUUAUGAAUUUAAAGAUGUUGGCUAACACUACAGGAGCUGGUGAAAUAUACUGUGAGAAUGAUUUUUUUUUUUUUGAGUAAUAUAUGGGAUUUUUGAAGUUUCACGGGUCAAACUGUACAAAGACAGAAGUUUGUACAAUGUUUAAUGACUUAUUUUUGAUUACAGUUAUUUACUAAAUCUCUGUUUGAGUGUGUGUGUGUGUGUGUGUGUGUGUGUGUGAGAGUGUGCGUGUGUGUGUGAGCACAUGAGUAAGAUUACGCAUCAAGACUGUUCAGUGGGGCUGUACCGAAUAGUUCAAAGCUUUGGAGCGUAUCAUUCGACUCCAACAUUUGACGGCUUUUUUUUUUUUUGCGUGUCUGUUCACAGCUGCAGAUGAAGACUAGGCUGCACUGAUAUUAUUAGUGUUAUACUAUUUGUAGAUCUAGUGGUGGCUGUGUAGCAGAGGUGUGGACUCCAUGUACAUGACUUGGACUCAAGUCAGACUUUAGUCACAGAUUUGAUGACUUUAGACUCAACUGGACAAAACCAAAAAAGACUUUCAACUUGACUUGAUAUUAACACUAAUGACUUGUAACUUCCCACUUGGAGUUUUGCCUUUUGAGUUGAAAGUACUUGAUACCUUUCACCAAGCCCAAAGAAGAAAAAAUAUUCAUUUAUUUUCUGUAACUACUUAUCGUGUUGGGGGUUGCGGAGGCUGGAGCCUAUCCCAGCUAACAUUGGGCCAAGAGGCAGGGUACACCCUGGACAGGUCACCAGACUAUCACAGGGCUGACACAUGGAGACAGACAACCAUUCACACUCACAUUCACACCUACAGCCAAUUUAGAGUCACCAGUUAACCUGCAUGUCUUUGGACUGUGGGACUUUAACACUAAUGACUCGUAACUGUACUUGGAUUUUCACCUUUUGACUUGAAAAUACUUGAUACCUUCCACCGAACCCAAAGAUGAAAAAAAUGUGCUAUUUAAAAAGUGCGCCAUGAAUUAACUCACCUCCCUUCAUUUCCUGAUUCAACAUUAACUCGAUUUAUUCAGCAAGUCGACACUUGAUUCACCAAAUCCACUUUGUCUGAACCUGUCCGAGAGCAUACAGUCAAGUUGUAGGAGAGAACCGUGAAGAAGACCUUAUGUCACGGAGCACCAGUUGAAGAAAUGGUACCAAAUAUAAUUUAAUUCUCGUACAAAAAAACUACACAGUGGUCAACAAAAAACAAAUUGCAGUAUGCCAAACGUAUAGGUCAAAAAUUACAGAUGGGAAUGGAACAACUUCCAGCUUCAUUCAUCACCUGAAACUGAAAUACUAACCUAGCUAGCUAGCUAAUGCUUAGCUAACGUUAUUACUCUGUUGGUAAAAUGGCAUCACAUAUGGUGAAAAAAGUGCCUUAUAUGACUUGUUUAGGAAGUUUAGGACUUGGGACUUGACUCAGGACUUGAGUGCAAAGACCUGAGACUUACCUGGGACUUGCAAAACAAUGACUUGGUCCCACCUCUGCUGUGUAGCAUUGUUUCUGACUCGUGUAAUCCAAACAUUUAUAGUAACUCCAGAGCAAUGUAAAGUCCAAAAGUCUAAAAAAUACUGAAAAAUGACAGAUGUAAUAGCCUCCAAAAUUCACAGCAAACUUUUAUCUAACAAAAUAUUCUCCUUCAGCACACAUUUGGUAGCGUAAAGCCUUUCAAAAACAGCAUUUUCACUGUAGUCAACAAACAGUUUUCUCACCUAAAAGGAAGCACGAAUCGGUAUAACAGGGAGGUCAACCAGCAACGUAACAGCAACUAAUUUAUUUAAUCAGAUUAAUCUCUUUACCUAAGCUGAGGAUUUUGUUUGAGGAUUUUUUAAAUUAGUUUUUGGGGCGAUGACAUCAUAAAAUAUGAUGACAGACAUUUUGAAGCUCAUUAAAAACCCUAAUAGAAGCUUUGAGAGUAAAACUAAGACACUUGGUACGGCCCUGUUGUUCAGUUACCUGGUUGACGGAGAGACAGCUGUGACACUGCGAUCAUUAGUACAAACAGCAGAACUAAUGUUUGUCUGGAUGUAGUUGGAAUUUCAUUGUGUUGUUGUUUUGCCUUUCUAACAAUCUACCUCUCAUACAUUUGUAGCUUAUACUACAGCUGUCAGUAUUAAUCCUGUUUCCUCUUCUGUGUUUGAGAUUGUUGGUUCUGCAGAGCUUUUUCUUACCUCCUCACUCCUCACUUCACUUCUGUUAGUUUCUGUUUCUGAGGCUCAGUACCUCACUACUGAUGAGCCUUCUCCUCGCACUCACCCAGGGAAGUUUUAUUUUUCUAAAGCUGCUUUAAACCCCUGUUUUACAUUCACACAGCUAUACACAUGCUCAGCUGGGAGUUGCAGUAAGAAGCAGUCUUUUGCUGCCGGCUUUACAACACCAGCUGAGGAUUAAAGGCAGUAGAAUUUGAAUGUGUCAGGCCGGAGGCUGCUUCUUUCAUCAUUAACCUGCAGAUAAAACGGCUCGCUGUAUAAGAGUUCACAUAUUCUCUUCUAUUCAAACUUUCAUCUGAUGUUUCUUAUUUCGCUCUUUGCUGUCAUCUCUUCCUUGUUUUUUCUGUCUCCUUCCUCACUCAGUACAGCUGAAAGACUUCUUGACCUGUAUUGAUCAUUUCUUCUCUUUGUUUUUGUUGCACUCUUUUCCUGCUGUGUUUGAUGUUUACCUCUAAAUAAAACUGUUUUUCUCUC